CAGAAAGAUGGUCCUUGCAAGAAAGCAGAGAGAAAAGAGGAAAGAGGAGUUGAGCACAUGGUGAAAUUUUGGCUUCUUCCCUGAUUAAUAGUGUGAAUCAAGCACUGGGAAAGCUUCUAGAUUUGUGGAAUGCAAUGGGAAUUAGCAAAGAGUUGCAGCUUGAACGCAUGCAGGUUGCAAAGUCCCAAAUUGAGGCUGAUGACAGACUAACUAUCCUUCAGUCAGAGAAGGAAUAUCGUCUGGCUUUAGUAAGGGCUGUUAAAGAAAAACAGGAGCGGCUGGAGAAGUUGAUACAGCUACACAGAGAGGAUCAGGCGUUGUGUACAGAGCUUUGUGUAGCCCCUUAUAAUAUCCCUACUGGCAGUAUUCCGAAUACCACAGAGUUGAAAGAACUAAAAGAACAUAUUACAAAUCUUCUGGAAGUAAAGGAACAAAGAUUAAAAGAGUUUCAUAAACUGAGGAGAGAAGUCAGACUACAUAGUAAAGAAAUUGGACACAUAUCUGAUGGAACACUGGAAAAUAAUAUGUUAUGUGAUGACGAAGAAAAGUACAUUUGCCUUACAGUAAAAUACCUUGAAGAUCUCCAACUGCUUAUCCAUCAGUUGCAGAAGAAGAAAGAGUCUCUGACAGCCACCAAGGAGGUCAUAAUGAAAGCAGUUCAACUUCUGUGGGACAGACUUCAGUGGCCACAAGAAAAACAAGAACAGUUCACAAAAAUGACCAGCCUGUGUUCCAUCUGCGAAGCCACAAAUAUGUGGGAGAAAGAACUGCGAACUUUAGAAGAGCUGAAGAAAGAGAAACUUAAAGAAAUUACUUUGAAAGUCAGGCAAGAGCUUGAGAGCUAUUGGCAAAAAUGCUUUUAUACCGAUGAACAAAAAGAAAAUUUCUCAGAAGAAUUGUUGAGCCAUCAUGAUGAGGAACUUUUCAAAAUAAAAGUGCUUUAUGAGGAAGCCAAGUGUGUUUAUGAUAGUAUUCAUAAAUGGGAGGCCAUUCUGGAUCGCUUUAUUGAAUUACAGAAAAAAUCAACAGAUCCAAGCAGGCUCCUAAACAGAGGGGGUAACUUGCUAAAAGAAGAAAGGGAACAUUCAAAGAUCCAAAAGCAGUUGUUAAAGUUAGGGGAAGAACUGAAGAAAAAAAUUGGAAAUUGGGAAAAGGAAAACAAUUCAGAUUUCCUUAUUAGAAGCCAGAGGUUUCUUGAUUCCAUGGCUCAUCAGCUGCAACAAUACAAACUUAAAAAAUAUCAGCCCAAAACAUCAGUGAAGUCGGAUGAGUCUGCAACUUCAAAAGGAGCUAUGAAGAGAUCUGCCCAUAUGAAUACUGCAAUUCCAAACAAAAUACGCAAAGUGGCCUCAACCCUAGCACCUAGUUGUAGUAACACAGCAACCAGCAGUUCUGCUCCUGAUAAACUGUCACUUCAAACCAAAGUGAGUAAAAUUGAUCACAAUUCUAUUUAAAACUUGGUCUGGUUGUUGAAGGUAAUAAAAUAAUGAACAGUUGUAUCUUCAGGUUUGGGGGAACACAGUGCAAAUCCACUUUUUGAUCAACAUUGGCUGGGUUUCUUUCAUUGUGGGCAAGGCAUUUGUGUAUCACAUGGCACAUGAGCCAGCCUGAUUUAUACUUCUCCCUGAUUGCUCAAUUACUGGCUGAUCUGCUUGGUGACUGACAUCCACAGGUGUUUCCCUCAGGAUUAGAGAGAGGAUAACAAUGUGUCUGAGAAGCCACAUAUGAUACACUGGAUUUCAUUUGUAAGCUUUAACCUAAACUCCUGAAUCAGUACAGUUUUGAACAAAAAAGCAAAAAACUGAACUCAACUUGAACUGACGUGUUAAUAAUCUUUCCAUAAGUGCUUAUUCAAAAGUACCUUAAGUUCCUCUAAUUUGUUUGUUUUGGAUAUUAAAGGAAUACAAGCUAUGCUUUCUUUGUUUGUAUGUAUAAUUAACACCUCUAACUGGUUCUGGCAACAUAAUUUUUAUUGUAAAAAUGUAUCAGGAAAUAUUAUUUAAUUUUGCUCUGUAUAUGAGGUUAAGAUUUUUUUUAUAGAAAGAAUUUAGUCUUAUUUUGGUAAGCAAAUAAUUGUGCCUCUUGUGAUAUUACUUUUCAGAAUUUAUUUGAUUUAUAAAUAAUCUAUAUUUAUCAAUCUAUGAUAAAUAGAUUGGUGGUGCAGUGGUUAGAAUGCAAUAUUGCAGGCUAACUCUGCCACAAUAUGGAGUUCAAUCCUAACAGGGCUCAAGGUUGACUCAGACUUCCAUCCUUCCAAGGUUGGUAAAAUGAGUACCCAGAUUGUUGAGGGGGCAAUAUGCUGACAUUGUAAACCACUCUAAAAAUGCUGUAAAGCAGAAUCCCCAACCUGUGGGCUACGGAUUUACAACUGGGCUGCAAUAAUGGCCAGUGAGUGUACAUGCACAUCCUCAUUUGCGCAAGCAGUGGGUGAGCGCAUGCGCUCUGUUUAUGUAAGUGGCAGGCAUGCUGCUCGCGCAGAACCAUCCCCCCACCGUCCAUCCGCAAAGCUGGAAACAUUGGGGAACUCUGCUAUAAAGCACUAUGAAAGUUAAAGUUAAAGUUAAAAGGAAGAAACAGCUAAGACCACACAUUGCUGCUCAAAGCACGAAGCUGAAAACACCAGCCUGAAGAUGACGA